AAGUUCAACACACAGCCAUACUUAUAUAAGUCGCCUCACACAUUUCUUAGGUAGCAGUGUGAACUGUGAACAACCGGACCGAUGACUGACCUGUGGAUCUCCUUCUCAGUGUUGGGACUAGUGCUGCUCCUCAGCGAGCUCACCCGCCGGGUUGCUGCGCGUAUUUUCCCGGGAGAUUAUCAGAUAUACCUGCUGGAGGCUGCGUGCACCUUCCAGCUCUGCUCCUGCACACAUGAGCUCAAACUAUUGGGAGAAAGUGUGCAGCUGGAGCCUCACAUCGGCCUCACAAUCACCUACAUAGUGACUCUGAUCCAUUUGGCAACUUUCCGGGGCGCGUCCUGCAACGCCAGCGGCGCUUUGGAGAGCUUUUGCAGGGGGAACAGCAGCUUCAGAUCGGCCCUCGUCCUCAUAGCCUUCCAGUUUGGUGCAGGGGUCGCUGCUCAGCACUUCGUCGCUGUUGUGUGGUCGCUGGGUCUGUCCGACGUGCACCUCCGGCACCAGAGGUUUGGGUUCAGGUGCUUUGACCCCCUGGGUGGGACGGUGCUGGAGGCCGCUGCAGUGGAGCUGGCCUGCGGCUUCAUCAUCCAGGCUGCAGUCAUGCACAUCCACAAGCUGGAUGAAAGACUUAAAGCGCACUUCAUCGCUGCUGUAAUCACAGCUCUGGUGUUUACAGGUGGGAGCAUUUCGGGGGCUAUUUUUAACCCCGUCCUGGCCUUCUCCGUCCAGUUCCCCUGCAGCGGACACACCUACCUGGAAUACUGCUUCGUCUACUGGCUGGGACCCAUCUCAGGUGUGGCGAGCUGCAUUCUGCUGUUUGAGAAGAUCGUUCCCUUCCUUUCUGGAAAGUGCACCAUCAGGUUGGACGUCACCGCUGCCAAGAAACAAAAGACACAGUAGCUCUUAACGUGGAUGGAGCUGGUAGAGCAGAAGCUGAGUCGUGUAGCUAUACGUUGGUAUCUUUUUAUUUUGAUGAUUUUAUUACAGUGGAGGUGUCUGAGUUGAUCAAAUCAGCGUCAUGUGUUGCCUGCACAGUCCAGUUAAUCAAUCAAUCAAUCAAUCAAUCAAUCAAUCAAUCAAUCAAUCAAUCAAUCAAUCAAUCAAUCAAUCUGUAGUCAUCUCAAGGCACUUUACACAUAGAGCAGGUCUAGACUGUACCUGUGUGUGCUACAUACUGAGAAAAGAGUCUAAAUCAGGAAUGUCAAACAUGCCAGAACCGGCCCAUCUUCUUUUCCUUCCAUCUUUCCUCCCUCUCUUUCUUCCUUCCAUCUGUCCUUUCUUUCUUUCUUUCUUUCUUUCUUUCUUUCUUUCCUUCCUUCUUUCUUUCCUUGCUUCCUUGCUUCUUCCCUUUCUUCCUUCCAUCUUUCCGUACUGUAUUUUCUUCCUUCCUUCCAUCUAUCUUUCCUUCCUUCCUUUCCUUUCCAUCUUUUUAAUGGACCGGCCCACAUAAGCUCAAAUAGGGCUGUAUAUAUAUGUGGCCCUUGAAUGAAGAUGAGUUUGACACCCCUGGUCUAAAUAAUCCACUGUGGUGUGAAACUGCAGCCGUCCGUCACGCUGCAGGUUUGUGACACUAAUGCACCGAAAAGCUCUCAUACUGCAGCUGAAACGUCCGUUCACUCUGACAAUCACAGAAACACUUCAAAUAAAUGCACAACACACACACAUUCAGGUUCUGAUCUUAAAAUGUGAUUUUCAUUGUGCUCAUAAUAUAUUUUUUCAUACAGAGUCAGAAGCACAAUAUAUUAUGGAGAUAAGUGUAUCUGUUAAAUUCAAAGUGUUAUCUUUUUCUAAGAUCACAGCUUUGCACCAAGUAGGAAACAACGUAAAGAAGUUUCAGAAGCACCUUGCUCUUGUUAAAUGAUCCGUUAUUCACCGAAAGUGCCUGCAAGUAAAGAUUAUUGUCAUUAAAUGUCAGAAAACUGCAAAACAUUCAUAUAGUUUAGAUUAGAUUGUGUUUAAAACAAGGAAAGCUUGCAAAUUAAAACAUUUAAGAAGCAAAAAAAAUGUCAGAUGUGUGGCAUUUCUACUUGAAAACUAACUUAAACUACUUAAGUUUUCUCUCUUAAGUAGUUUAAGUUCUCUCAGCUCACGUCAGAAGUGUGAAAUUUGAUUGUUAAUGUAUAUAAUAAAUGCCUUUUUAUUUAUUGAUAGUUGACAGGAUUGUUCUAUUUAAUGGUACGUUUUCAUCUGUAAAUGACAAAUUUUACACGGAAAUAUUUUUUCUUGUUUCUUUACGUCAAUUCUCAGAUGUUUGAAGCAGAAAAUGUUUUGCUAAUAUUCACUCACCAAGAAAUACGAUUUGCUGCGUUUAACAGUAAUAUCCAUUAACACACUGAUCAUAAACGUGUAUUCAAGAUUUUAGUAAAACAGAUUUUGCUAAGAAUAAACCAGCAUGUGCUACAGACGCAUCCAGCACAAUAAUUACACCUCGGACAAUAAGUUCAGACCCCCUCACACUACUUUCUAAUCUUUUGAAUCCUACAAAACAAAAACAAAAAGUGUUUUAAGCGAUGGUUGAAGGGGAAACUGCACAAAUAUUCGGUGAUAUUUUUCCGUUUUGGUUUGAUUAAUGUGGGUUUAAAGUUUUCUUCUGCUCUACACUUGAAACGUGGGUCACAGCAAACUGGAUAUUACCUUUUUAGCACACUGAGGUGACAAUGAUUUGUGUUGGGAUGACCAAAGCUUACGUUUUUCUUGCAUAAAUCAUGUUUAACUAUGUGACAAAGAGCCAAAAAUAUACUACUAGUAUAAAAUCUACACAGGAUGUUUGUUGUUUUUUUUUUACUGCAUUUUUUUCUGUCUCAACUUCAGUUUCUUACGUUUCUGUGAACCAAUCACAUGAUAAUUUACAACUUUAAUACCUCAAGAAUCUGGAUGGUGAUGACUGAGAGUAUUACUUGUAUGAUUAUUGUAAGUCGAGUGGAUUAUUAUUAUUAUUAUUAUUAUUAUUAUUAUUAUUAUUAUAACUAGAAUAUGUGAGUCAUGUUUUUCUGUGUUUCCCAAAUGCAAGUUUUCUGACACUACAUGUACAGAAUGUUUUUAAAGCACAAGGUUUGAAAAGUGUUUGUCAUUUAAAUGCAUUUAUGAUAUCUUGUGUGAUAUAUUUUGAUUAAAAACAUCUGUUUGAAAAAAGACAUAUCUAUGGCUGUUUAUUUAAUAAGUGUAUGUAUAUAGUUUAUGCUUACAAAUCGUGCUUUUUGAAAGAUAAUUCAAAUUUACUCGCCAAGUCUGCCAGUCUGUUGCAGG